GAAAAUAUUAGUAAAGAAAGAAAAGUGCAUCUGCAUAAUCUCAUAAGAUUAUUGUUUAUCACUAUAUCAGGUUUUUAUUGUAACAUUCUGUAGUGUGGCUUUGCCAUUCAUUCUUGACUCACCCGUUCGGUAAUAUCCCCCCUCCUUCCACUACAUCUGUGAUCUGAUUGGACGGUACGGCAGAGGGAACGUCCUCGGCUUGUGCGUGUGUGUGUGUGUGUGUGUGUGUGUGUGUGUGUGUGUGUGUGUGUGUGUGUGUGUGUGUGUGUGUGUGUGUGUGUGUGUGUGUGUGUGUGUGUGUGUGUGUGUGUGUGUGUGUGUGUGUUUAACAGUAUAAUAGUGAAGAGAGGCGAAGGCAAGCCGUAGAAACCUUGAUUACCAGACCUGCCUACAAACUGUUCUCUGCUGUGUCUUUCUCUCUCUCCCGCUGUCUCUCCCUCCCGCUGUCUCUCCCUCCCGCUGUCUCUCCCUCACGCUGUCUCUCCCUCCCGCUGUCUCUCCCUUUAGAUUCAACCUGCUGCUAUAUCGUUUUCUUUCUUUUCUCUCGUCCUCCCUCGUGCGUGUUCCAACAGUCAACUCCUUCAAAGCUCAUUCCCUUCCCACACCUGAGUGGGGGGCAGCGAGGCGGGCAGGGGGCUGUCGAUAGGGAGGGGGGUCUGGGUGCGGCGACACAUCACUUGACAGACCGGGGAUCAGAAGACCUUGGGAGACAAUGCGUGGCUUUUUCCGACCGAACUGAUCAGCUGUGGAUCAAAGAAGGCGACGGACCGCUUUUCCCCCUCCCUCCCUCCCUCCCUCCCUCCCUCCCUCCCUCCCUCCCUCGUUUCUGCCUCUGCCGCUGAUGACUCGCACCACGCGUUCCCACGACGGGGGAAGCAGCGGCGAGGACUGAAGAGGGAUGGACUAACAGCGGCCAACGUCAAAGACCGCCCGCUCCACACUAUGAACGCCACUCAGCUCUAUGGGCUCAUCCAGGCUUACCACUCCAACGCCAGCCGGGGGGCCGCGGCUCCGACGACCCAACCGGACGUACCCCCGGACGCCAAGGAGGACCCCUCCGCGUCGGGGUGCUACAAGCAGCUCCUGAUCUCCCCCGAGGUCUUCCUCACGCUGGGCAUCAUCAGCCUGUUGGAGAACAUCCUGGUGAUCGCCGCCAUCGCGAAGAACAAGAACCUCCACUCGCCCAUGUACUUCUUCAUCUGCAGCCUGGCCGUGGCCGACAUGCUGGUGAGCGUGUCCAACGCCUCGGAGACCAUCGUCAUCUCGCUGAUCAACAGCGGCAGCCUGCCCAUCCCCGUCACGCUCAUCAAGAGCAUGGACAACGUGUUUGACUCGCUGAUCUGCAGCUCGCUGCUGGCCUCCAUCUGCAGCCUGCUGGCCAUCGCCGUGGACCGCUACAUCACCAUCUUCUACGCACUGCGCUACCACAACAUCGUGACCGUGCGGCGGGCCAUGCUGGUGAUCGCCGGCAUCUGGGCGUGCUGCACGGGCUCGGGCGUCCUCUUCAUCGUCUACUCGGAGAGCACCACGGUACUCAUCUGCCUCAUCACCAUGUUCCUCACCAUGCUGGUGCUGAUGGCCUCGCUCUACGUGCACAUGUUCCUGCUGGCGAGGCUGCACAUGAAGCGCAUCGCGGCGUUGCCCGGCAACGCGCCCAUUCACCAGCGCGCCAACAUGAAGGGCGCCAUCACGCUCACCAUCCUGCUCGGGGUGUUUGUGGUGUGCUGGGCGCCCUUCUUCCUGCACCUCGUCCUCAUGAUCUCCUGCCCAAGGAACCCCUACUGCACCUGCUUCAUGUCCCAGUUCCCCAUGUACCUCAUCCUCAUCAUGUGCAACUCCGUCAUAGACCCCAUCAUCUACGCCUUCCGCAGCCAGGAGAUGAGGAAGACCUUCAAGGAGAUCUGCUGCUGCUGCUACGGCCUGUCCCACCUGUGCUUGUGAGACAAGAGGGAGAUUGUGUGCGCCACAGGAGACGUGGUCGAACAGGGUGUUGGGGGGAUUGAAUCUGCUGCUACAGAAAUGAAACUUUGGGAUUGGUUUGAAAUCGGUUUGAGGUGUGAAGUGGUUCUGGGUUAGUGGUGCUUUUGUUCUGAUCGCCUGGGGGGGAAACUGAACCGGGCUUUGUUUGAUUCAUGGCAGCAAGUCUGUCAGCUGCCUGGGGUUUAGAAAAGAGUCAGGCAGUGGGAGAGGUAGGUGUACGACAUGUUGUAGAUAGGAACCUGCCUUGCCAUGCUUCUCCUUAAAGCUGAUUUUUUCUUUUGCUUUUGUAUUUUGUACGUGUAGUACCAUUCAAAAAGUGCAAUUUAACCUUGACAAAAAACGUGUGACAGGCUGUUUGUAAGAUUAAUAUAUGUGUGUUGCUUGAAAUCUGUCAGAAUCUUUAUUUUUUAUUAUCUUCACAAGCAAAUCAGGAAUGUCAUUCAUCUUUAUAAGAUACGUUAAAAUAUGUAUAUAUUUAUCAGAUGAGGCACAUGUGAUGAAGGACAGCGGUUUGUUCAGCAAUGAAAGUUUAGGAAAGGAGAGAAGAAAGAAAGAGAAAGUAAAAAGGAUCUAAUUAUUUGUAUUGUUUUGAUAAUCAAAUCGGAAAUGAUCGCAGUAAGGCUUACAAGUUUUUAUGUGCACAAAAACAAAAAAGGUAUUAUGUGUUAAAGGUUAGAGGUUAAAAAUGACCUCAAGAUCUUUUCAGGAGAUCAAAGACCAACGAGUCUGCUUAGGCUACUGAUGUUUGCGCUGACGCAUACAAGGCCACUAUGAAAUGCCUUCUGUGAACGAGUAGCUCGCUUUGAAAUGUCGCAACACAAAGGCAAUUUGCACACGUGACUGAAAAAAUAUAUAUUUUGUUGACUGUUGGGUAAAAUAGACAAAAAAGAAAGACCGAAUGUAUUUAUAUUAUGAAUGUAUUACUGCAUUAUCAUGUGAUGUACUAUGUGUGCCUUCAAUAUGUGGCACAUAAAAAAGAAGAAAGUGGAUAUUUCUAUUCAUCUGUGGUAGUCUUUCAUGAGCAGCUUCAAUUAUUGCAUUAAUAAAGAAAGUAAUGCAGUC